AUGAGACGUCAAUUGAGAAUAGUGGGUGGAUAUGAGGUUAAAACCGAAGGUGACGCCUUUAUGGUUGCUUUCCCUUCGCCGACCUCUGCUUUGCUAUGGUGUUUCAACGUGCAACAGAAUUUGUUGAUUGCCGAUUGGCCAACAGAGAUUCUCGAAACGGAUCAAUGUUGCGAGGUUACUGAUGGUGCAGGAAACGUGAUAUAUCGCGGAUUAUCUGUGCGUAUGGGUAUACACUGGGGCUCUCCUGUGUGCGAGCCAGAUGUGGUUACUGGAAGAAUGGACUACUUUGGUCCCAUGGUGAACCGAGCCUCUCGUAUUAGUGCGAUUGCUGAUGGUGGUCAAAUUGCAGUCAGCUCAAACUUUCUCGACGAGAUGAGAGCAUUGACACUUAUCCAUGAGGAUAUAAAGAACAAUGUAAAAACAAUUAGUGAUGCGUACCAAGGAAACGACAAUGCAGGAACCAUCAUUGAAAGAGAGUUGACUGCAAUUGAGGAACUUGGAUCGAAUUAUUACAAAAUUGGGGAACGAAAGCUAAAGGGGUUGGAAACUCCGGAAUUGAUCACCUUGGUCUAUUCAAGCAGGCUCAAGUUGAGGUUUGAAAUUUUCCAAAAGAGAUUGGAUGCAGAUGAGCAGCACAGCACUAGAGUGAUUGGCACCAUUCCUGUUGAUUGCAUCACUGCAAUCAACAACAUAUCGUUGCGUUUGGAAAAUUUAUUGUCGUUUAUGAAUGGAGGAACCUACAUCAAAGAGGGCUUUAAACAGAACCAGAGACUUGUUGACCCAAAUAUACAGGAAUUGUUGAAUUCAGUGACGAGAAUAGAGAACUCGGUGGCUACUUUGUACAUGAGGCGAAUGAUGACCCAAGAUUCGUCAUUCAACAUGAGUCCCUUGACCCAAGUUUUGAAUGAAUUGUCUGAAAUUAUGAAACGCGUGCUGAAGGGUACAUAG